CAACUCGAAUAAUGCCAUAUGCAGCCAAGAUUUUUCACCUAAAUCUUUGAAUCUUUGUGUUGUAUGUGUCAUCCUUUGUAAUUUCACACAUCCCCACUAAUAUAAUGCUAUUUCAUUAAUCUAUUAAUACCAAAAGGUCAGGGAUAUCAUUAUAUAUUUGUUUCUUUAUCUUCAUUGGCUGUCUCUAAUAUUAUUCUAAUCUAUAAGGGUAUCAUCCUCUCAAGAAAUUUAAUAUACUUGGUGUCGAAUAUAUACCCAUAUCCAUAAUUCGUCUACGUCCUGGUAAUAUAGGCAAGCAGUGCACCUUUAAGGUUGGUUCUCGUCGAACUAUAUUUCUUUUUACUUUUUAUCACUGAGUCUUGUUGAAGCAGAAAAAUGAUUACAACAUUGAUUAAUACAUAAAACCAGCAACUUGAACAUGUAUUUGCGUUCAUUGUUGGGUCUGCUUUUUCAAUUUUCUUAUCUGUUUUCACCUUCAUCCCUUUCUAUCCGUCUUUAUUAUUAAUUUGUUGCUAAUUUUGAGACUAUAAUGGUUUAUAGUGUGCAUUGGUUGGCGUAUUAUCUAACCCAAGCCACCGUUGACUAAGAGGGCAGAGUGUUAGAUGUGAUCGGUUGAGCACUUCAAAAAAAAGCUUUAACUGCUAGAUUCAGAUGCAUUUCUUUCUUAUUAGUGCAUAAAUGCAGUAGUAAAUUGUAAAAUUAGGACAGAAGCUUCAGGUGUUUGUGUGUCAAUGAACCCAAGAUGGGAUUUGAAAGUCCAUGAAGUUGCUGAAAGCAGUUUCAGACGUGCCAAUCACCUCUUUAGCUGCAUUUGUGAUGGAAGUCAAAAGAGAAGCAAUCAAGAAAUUAGCCUAAUGGCUCAAGAUACAGUAAAUGGAUUCAGGAAAUUGCUUAGCCUCCUUGAUGGAUCAAUGCAAUCAGAGUGUAAAAGGAUCAGGAAGGGUCCACUGCCGAAAUCCCAUAAUGUAAAUCCGGCUGAAUUGAUGGAUAGCCCCAGUUUUGCAUCCCAAAGUUCCAUUUGCAAACCGAGUCAACCACAUAUUCUGGGACAAUUUGUCUCUCCACAGUUUAAUCAAUCAAAUACUGGUUUGAUCCCCAGAAAUGUGGUGGUUUUACCAAAUUUGAUCAUGGGAUUGCAGCAUUCUUCAACACUACCAACCAUGAUGCCAAUGUUUGACAAGAAGUUAAUUCCAUGGUCAUCAUCAGAAAUUGUGGUUCCUCAGGAUGAGUCUUGUAUGCUUCUUUCAAAGAGAAAGAUUGGGGUGGGGAGUGAAGAAGCUAGUACAAAAUGUGCAGCCUCAACCGGGGGAUGUCACUGUUCAAAGAGAAGGAAACUGAGAAUAAAGAAAACUAUACGAGUCCCAGCUAUAAGUAAUAAACCAUCUGAUAUACCACCAGAUGAUCACUCUUGGAGGAAAUAUGGACAAAAACCCAUAAAAGGAUCUCCAUAUCCUAGCAGCACGAGGGGAUGCCCUGCUAGAAAGCACGUGGAACGAUGUUUGGAGGAUCCUAGCAUGCUAGUUGUGACAUAUGAAGGAGAUCAUAAGCACUCGAGGAUUACAUGUCAAUUCCCUUCCAAUGUGAUAGUUUAAAUUCGGUAAUAGCAAAGGAAGGUCGUUUAAAGAUUUUGUUUUCACUCGUCACAAGCCUAUGUCGAAUAUUUUAAAAAUGACCCUAGGAAAUGAAGUAUAAACAUGGGGGAGUUAAGUUCAUGGGAAACGAGAGUAUGAUUAGACUUGCAAAAAUCAACUCAAAUCUUCUGAGAUGGGCCUAAAUCUUGAGAUAAUAUUGAGCAACAUGUUUUAUUUCUGAAAGGGGCCUUCUAAUGUUGGGUUUUCUCUUUUUCCCCCCUUACAUUAGAUAUCAUUUGUAUGAAGAGAAAACCUAUGACUUAAAAAUCUUCAAUUAAAAUUUUUAACAUUCUACAUGGAAUUCGUCUUUUAAGCAAAUAUUAUUUGUUGAGUGUCGGUUGAUAUUAUCAGAUGAUGGAUUUCUAAUAUUUGAUACAUAAGUGGGGAAUAUGAGUAGAACAAGUGUACGUGUGAAAUAAAGUUAGGCACUACACGCCGAUUAUUUCUUCUCUUCUAUUACCGAUGCCUUGCUCCCUUGGGUGGUAGGCCCAAAAUAUCAUAGGUUUUUUUUAUCUUCUUACGGCAAGAAAGUAUAUUUUUUGAGUUUAAAUAUGUAAAAGAUCUAUAUACUCUUUUAAAUUUUAAAUUUUAAUAAUGUAUUUAUUAUACAUUAUUUAAAAA